CGUCGUACAUGCAGUCCUCAAAACCUCCAGUGGCAAUAAUACAUCCGUGCAUUACCCUCAUCGGUCUGUAUGGGUCUCUAUAUGCUGAGCUGACUGGGAGGAGGUGGGAUUUAGCUACUGGUGGAAGUGGGUUUAACGUAACGUUACGUGCGAAUCGUGCAGAUUGCAAACCACGAUUAUCACUGCUGCCAACGAAGGAUUCUUUUGGGGAAAUAUUUACGAGAAAGCCCCUCGCGGGAUAACCUCCCCUCCCUGCCAGCGGCACACAUUCAUCCACCACUUUCGUUUGUAUCUCGUCAUUUUUUCUUUUGCCUCUGCUUCCCACUCAGACCCAGCGAGGUUCUCGUUAACCACAGCCGCCACCAUCGUCCACAUCACAGGCGGGGGCUGUGUGAUGAGGUCGCCCUGCAGCAGGGGUUUGGUUACGCUAAGAUUUUGUUGUUAGGACACUACUCUUCGCUUUCAGUUCAGGUCAACUUGUCGGCUUUUAAAGCCCCCUAGCACCCCGGGUGUGUGAAGAAAUACACAACAGACGCUACUACUGGGGCUGUGGGAACCGCUGAAUGUCCAUGAGCUCCGAUUUCCCGCACUACAGUUUCAGGAUGCCAAAUAUAGGGUUCCAGAAUCUUCCCCUUAAUAUCUACAUUGUGGUGUUUGGGACAGCCAUCUUUGUCUUCAUCCUCAGCCUCCUUUUCUGCUGCUACUUAAUAAGGUUACGGCAUCAGGCGCACAAAGAGCUAUAUGCAUACAAACAAGUCAUUCAGAAGGAAAAAGUCAAAGAGCUAAAUUUGCAUGAGAUUUGUGCGGUGUGUUUGGAAGAGUUCAAACAGAAAGAUGAGCUGGGGAUUUGUCCGUGUAAACAUGCUUUUCAUAGGAAGUGCCUCAUUAAGUGGUUGGAGGUGAGGAAAGUCUGCCCGCUGUGCAACAUGCCUGUCUUGCAGCUUGCCCAGCAGGCCGGCAGCAUGGACCCCCCCGUGCCAAUACAGCAGCCUCUACCCGGCGUCGAGAACCUGGUGUAGAAGAGUCAAGCCCUCUCUUUUAGUACAUUACAGACACAUAAACACACAUCCCAUCACUCAUACUGCCACCUGUACAGCUACACCUUUGGUAUGAGUCUGUGGACAGAGUGGAUAAACUGGAGUUCAAGCACAGAUACUCCCAAAAAACUGUGACUCUGCAGCCAUCGUCACCUCUCGUAUUCUUGCUUUGGUUCACAAAAUGGUUUUCCUGAUAUCAGUUCUAACUGAUAAUCAACUGUUUUCAUGUUGUUGUUUUUUUCAUGGACAAAGAAGAAGAGUUGAUUUAGAAGAUGUUUCCUUCUUGGCCAAGAUGUGGACGAUAUUUUUCUUUCUCAACCAAAGCACUUUUCUGGGGACACCAGCUAAAGACAAGGAGGGGGAAAAAAACAAAAAAAGCCAACACUACACAACAACCAUACACUAAAAUAUAAAUUUUCUUUAUUCUUUUUAACACGCACUUUACGAGAAGGCAAAGUUGAAUUGCUUGUGAUCCUAGUAGCAAGGUUAUGUUUUAUAUUUUAUCAUUAACUAUAAUGUCUAUGUACCUUUUCAGCCACAUGGGUUUUCAUAUUUAAUUAGUGAACUUUGAUUUGAAAGAAAACACAAAUAAAUCUUAAAGGGACAACAAAACCUAUGUCGGUAGAGAGAUGUCAGGAAAUUUGGACAAUGCUUCUAGUUUUAAUUUAACACGCUCAACAAAUUAAGCUCAAAGCAACCUUGAGACUUUAUGUCUGACUAAAUGUGAAGGGUUUGAAUGUGUUUUUCACACGAAGCCUAAAGAAUUUGUUCCCUCAUCGCCUGUUUUUUCAUUCAUUACAAUGUUGUUAUUAUUCUCUUUUCAUUAUUCUGUCUAUACAGGAAGGUAUUACAAUGAACAAAUUAUAUUUACGUUAAACAAAUUUGCCGGGUAACAUCCUCCAUAUACGAGUGUAGACUAUAUGCUGUCACGCAAGGCAUUACUCAGAA